AUGACGGCGUCUCCCCCAUUGAGCGCUCCUCGUAGCAUUGAGCAGAGGGUCGACAAGAUUCUGUCAGACACCCCAUUGACUGAUGGCCACGAUGACCUUCCUAUCUUCAUCCGGUCUUUUUUCAACAACAAGAUUUAUGCGGACAACUUCACCGUUCCUUUUACUCAAGGAGACCUCAAAGGUCAUGUUGAUCUGCCGCGACUUUCUAAGGGCAAGGUCGGCGGUACCUUUUGGAGUGUGUUUGUCCAGUGUCCUAAGAAUUGGGAGGAUUUCUCUGAUGCAACGUAUACAACGAGCAUUCGUCAAACAUUGGAACAAGUCGACCUCAUAUCACGACUAGCAAAGGCCUACCCUGGCACAUUUUCAUCACCUCCGAAUGGAACAACCGCUCUUCGAGCUUUCCUAGAUGGCAAGAUCAUUUCUCCUUAUGGGAUUGAGGGCCUGCACUCCAUCGGUAACUCCAUGGCUCUGUUGCGAGAUUUCUAUGACCUUGGGGUGUCAUACGCCACACUGACGCACAACUGCCAUAAUCGUUAUGCGGAUGCCGCUUUGACUGAACAGCCCGAUGGCAGUAUCAAAAAGGCCGUUCCGUACUGGCACGGGGUCAGUGAAGCUGGAAAGAAUCUCGUCUAUGAGAUGAACCGGAUGGGAAUGAUUGUCGAUCUGGCUCACGUCAGUGUGGACACUAUGCGAGACGUCCUCGGUGCCGGUAAGGGCAAUUGGUCCGGCAGUCGUGCGCCAGUAAUAUAUAGUCACAGCUCUGCUUACGCGAUCUGUCCCCAUCCUCGCAACGUUCCCGACGAUGUGUUAGAACUCGUCAAGGCAAAAGACUCGCUGGUUAUGGUCAACUUCUCGCCCAAUUUCAUCUCUUGUACUGCGUCGGACAACCCAGAUGAGUUACCAAAGACUGAUAUGGAGCAUGCUACUCUUGCAAGAGUUGCAGAUCACAUUAUGCACAUUGGAGAUCUGAUUGGCUUCGACCAUGUCGGUUUAGGUAGCGACUUUGACGGUAUCAUGACUGUUCCUCGAGGUCUAGAGGAUGUGUCUAAAUUCCCCGACUUAAUCGCAGAGCUUCUACGACGGGGUGUCAGUGAUAAGGAUGCUGCCAAGGUCGCGGGGGGUAACCUACUGCGUGUAUGGAAGCGAGUCGACAAGGUCGCCCUGCAGAUGCAAGGUGAGGGAGCUUUGCCAGCCGAAGACAAUACAGCCUAG